AUGACCUUCAGGGGGCCGCUCCCCCCGGGCUCCAGCCCUCUCGUGCGGCCCUCAUCCCUCCGUGAGUGUCACUCGGCGCUCGAUUGGCUCAGGCCUCCUCACGUGGAGGCGGUGGCCCGGGCUCCCGCGCUCGCCUAUUGGGCGCCCCGGGUUCACGUUGUCCGGAGCGGGGAAAGGAAGGCGAGAUCGGGCGGCAGGGCCCGAGCCGGACACCGUACGCGGUCCCUCCCCUCCCCUCCCCCAGAGACGGCCCGCCAGCGCCGGCCAUGGGGUGGCUGCUAUAGCAGCGAGAACGAGGCCACCGACCAGGAAGAGGAGACGAAGCGGCUGCUGGAGCCUGCUGCCAGCCCCCCCAACAAGGUGUUAAAUGGAGCUGAACAAAACUAUCACAGCCUCCCAUCAGCCCGCACGGAUGAGCAGGCCAUGCUGUCGUCCAUCCUUGCCAAGACAGCCACUAACAUCAUUGAUGUGUCGGCUGCAGAUUCCCAGGGAAUGGAGCAGCAUGAGUACAUGGACAGAGCCAGGCAAUACAGCACGCGACUGGCAAUGCUGAGUAACAACCUGACGCACUGGAAGAAGCUCCCGCCUCUGCCAUCUCUGACCAGCCAACCGCAUCAAGUGCUAGCCAGCGAGACUGUCCCUUAUCCAGACUUACAGCAGGUCUCCCGGAUAGCCGCUUAUGCCUUCAGUGCGCUCUCGCAGAUCCGAGUGGAUGCGAAAGAAGAACUGGUUGUACAGUUUGGGAUCCCGUGAGCACGCUCGCCCGAGAGCACCUCUUUCACUCGUUUUUUCUUUUGCUUUUUUUCCUCCCUCCAAUCGGCAUCUCGCCGCUACGGAACUUGUACAUAGCCCAGAUGUCCGACUAAUCACAAAGGAGACAAUAACCACCACUUGGAAGGCCAGCCUGGUCCGGGCCUUCCCUUUCUCUUGUGUGGGUGGGGUGGGGCGGGGCAGGCCAGGCCAGGCCAGGCCAGGCCAGCCUAGAUGGGUUGGGGGGAGGGGUUUUAUCACAUAGGAAGCCUUUACUGCACAGUGUUGACCACAAAGGGAAGAAUCUCUCUAGUCACUGGAGCGGCCCUGGGGAAGGAGUAGGGGCAGCGCGGCCUCCUGGCUCUUCAGUCAGGGCAGAUUGCAGUAUUUGUACCUAGCUGCCACCUGUUCCAUUAUCAGUUGGAGGUGAGGGAAAUGGUUGUGUUCACGGUGACACACUGGAAAUUCACCCCACAUAGCAUUGGUUUAAAAGCUUUCCCACGAUGAUCAUGGUUAGUUUCAGGGUGGGGCAGGGCUGAGCUGUAUUUUUAAAGGAAGCCUAGCAAUGAAUUGUGGCCGCCGGGUCUGAGGCUCUGCUUGCAGGACUGGCUGUUUCUAACACCACUUGUUUUUACAUGGUUGAACCUUUGUGUUUUAAUUUUUUUUUUUUUUGCCACCAUAGAUAAAAUACAUUCAUCCAACCCCUGCAGUCUCCUCUGUCCUUCUUUCCAAGCCACAUCCCAGGAGCUUGUGUGGAGAUCUAGGGGGAGAAGGAGUUGGCAGCGUCUGCCAGGAGGAUCUGGUCUCGUCAUCCAGCAUAAUGGAGCUUGGAACCAGUUAGUGGCCUGAGUUGUGGUCACACCACAUGCGAUGGGCUGUGAUUUUAGUAGAAACGUCCAACAACCCAUCUCCAUUGCCGGGACUGUCCGACUUGGUUUCCCUCCUCACCUGCACUGUUGACUUGUUCCCUGACCUCUCUGCGAUGAGCUCUUCUAAUAAACGCUAAGACUGCCAACUGAAUGGCAGUGAUGAAUGC